AUGCCACCACCACCACCACCACCCCCUAAAGCACCACCUCCACCAGUCUCUACUCCACCAAAGAGUUCUGAUCGUAAUGCAUUAUUGAACUCUAUUCAUAAAGGUGCAAAGUUGAAAAAGACUUCAACCAAUGAUAGAUCUGCUCCAGUCACUGUUGCACCAAAAGGAGGUGCAGGAGGAGGAGGAGGACCAAUGGGUAUGCCAGGAGGAGGUAUGCCAAGACCUCCAAUGGGAGGUGCUAAACCAAUGGGAGGACCACCAAUGGGAAGAGCACCAGCACCAUCAUCAUCAUAUGACGAUGGAGGUAGUAGCGGAGGAGGAGGUACACCACAAUUGGGAGGAUUGUUUGCAGGAGGCAUGCCAAAAUUAAAACCAUCAGCUCCAGGUGGCCCAGUAAAGAAACCACCUCCAAUGUCAUCACCAUCAUUCCAACCAGCACCGCCCCCAGUCUCAUCGACUCCACCACCACCAUCAUUUGGUAAGCCACCACCAUCAUUUGGUAAACCAGCUCCACUUGGUGCUGCUCCACCAACAUUUGGCAAACCACCUCCACCAGCAUUCAAACCACCAACAUCCCAACCACCUCCACCACCAAUGUCUGCCAAGCCACAACCACCUCCACCAGCCUUUGGCAAGCCACAACCACCCCCACCAACCAGUAGACCACCCCCACCACCAUCCAGACAAUCAUCUACCCCAAACAAUGACGAAGAGUUGAGACAUGCCCUCAGCCAAAUCCAAGAUUUGGAAAAUCAACUAAAUAGAGCCAAUCAAAGAGUUAAACAAUUGGAACAAGAACUUAGUCAAAAACAAAAUGCUCCUGCUGCUAAAGGAAGAAAGGCAGUUGCACUUUAUGAUUAUGAAGCUGAUGCUGUUUUGGGUGAUUUGACAUUCAAGGCAACUGAAACUAUUUAUGUUACUGAAGUAAAUGGUGAUUGGUGUACUGGUGAAAAGACUGGUUCAUUCCCAACUGCUUUUGUUCAAUUUUCUUAA